UCUUAUUGUUAAUAGCAGAUGCUGUUUCUAUACUGCGAGCGACGCGACAAAAAAAACUAAUGGCUUCCGUUAUAAACAAACAAAGCUAGUAACUUAGAUUUGACGCGACGCGUCGCUCUCUUUUACUUUAUACUUAGUAAAAUCUAUUGACCCCUCUUUUCUGUUUACCAUAUUCAUAUACCAUAAUACUAUAAAGAAUACCACGGCAUACAAAUAAUACUGUCAUAACCGCUCUGCAUACGUUAGCUAAAAAAUUAGCAUUAUCCACAACAACAAUACACUGUGAUGCUGUGAUCGUCACUGGUUUGUUUAUCAUUUGUGAUCUUUCUACAGUCUUUAAAGAGAGCUCUUCGUGAUGAAACCAGCCCGAGGGUCAGGGAGGGCCUCCACACGGGGCCCCAGAAGAGCCACAGACAGGAACACACACAACACUGAUAAAAGGUCCAAACCCCGAGCUGAGGGCCCACAUCCGGAGCCGUCGAACAAACGCAGCGGGAUGGCUGGAAGGAGUAAGAAUAAGGGAAACUGGAAGCCGCUGGCCAAAUCUUCCCUGCUGGCUCUGGAGAACAUGCUGGGUUUGUCCAUGCUGUCUGUACUGGCUCUGAAAAGCAAAGAAAAAGAAGAAUCGCAGAAGCAUCUCAACCUCCUCAGAGAUCAGUUCCUGGCUAAGUGUGCACAGCUCUCUGUUCCCCCGAGGAAACCUGGAGACAUUAUGCAUGUGUCCCAUCAGUUCAGAGCAGAGAGGAAGAGGUCCGAGCACGGCAGGAAGUCGCUUGAGGCUCUAGAGGAGAACGUGCGUUCGAUUGUUAGCACGCUGGAGGAGAUGGAGGUGCAGAUGGAUGGUUUGGAGGAGAAAUGCAGGAUAAUGAGACACAAACUAGAAGAGGAAGAGGACAAGGCACGUGAGUUUCUCCAGCUGUCAGAACAGACGGUCCUGCGUCUUCCUGCUUUACCGUCUCGCCCGGCCAGCGAGCCGACGCUACAGGAGCACCUCAUGAAGAUGGUCCCUGAUCCUCCGGCGGUGGUCCGAGCGCUUCACACGGCUCCCGUCCUCGAGGAUGUGAGGGCCUUUCUGGAGCUCGCACAUAAACAGGUGGACGCAGUGCAAGCAGCUCACAGAGACACAGCCCUGGACUGACCAUCUCAGACAAAGAAACUAAACUUUACACACAGACGACGGCUGAAAAACAAAGCAACUGCUUGUUUAUUUGAAAACCACAAGUUUGCAUUGAGAUCUAGACACAGAAAAUAACAUAUUUGUCAUGCAUUAAUGCUGCAAUAUCAAGCGCUGGGAUUCAGAUUUCACUGAUUUCGCUGCUGUCUGGUAAUUUGAUCAUCAAAUUCAUCUUAAUCUGUAAGAUUAAGACGUGUCAUGUUUGGUUUGAUGUCUGAACUUUUGUUUUAAAUGUCUUGCUAAUAAUCUGGGUGAAAACUUUCUAUGUAGGGGACAUCUCUACUGCAUAAUAGUAGUUAUGCUUAAUUUAACCCUUAAAUGACCAGCUUCUAGAAGGAAAGACUUUCAUUUGCUCUUAAGUUCCUAAAAUGCAAGUGCUAUAAUGCAAUACAAUUAAAUCCAAUAUUAAAGCAAACAUAUUAGUAACAUAA